AUGUCCAAAUUCUUUGAAAAGGUCAAGUUCUACGCGGUUGCCAAUAUCCGGCCAUUGAUUGUCCUCGGUGUGAUUUCCGGUAUUCUUGUGGCGACAUUCGAGGCUGCAACAAUGCUCAGAAAGUUAAGGCCAACAGAACGUCUACAACAUCAAGAAAUGGAAGAUUUCUUGGCAUUUAGGCGAUUGAGGGGACAGGAACAGACCUCCAGACCGGCAUGA